CUUCGACUCGUCAACUCCCUCUCUCACUUGCAGCAACAUGACCAGCAUUACAAUCCAAACUCCCUCUCCCAGCUCCCCCGUGCACUCGCAUCUGACCCUCAUCAUCGGCCAUAUCAGCCCAGCCCCGCCCCACGGCUCGUCCGUGACCGUUACCGCCGCCCCGCACCCACCCGUCCGCUUCCCCGUCCACCCAAACGGCCGCUUCAAAGCGCUGGCACCCCUCACCCCCGGCGAGAAUGGAGUGUAUAUCGAGUGCGGCGCCGCGUCGACCAUGCAUCCAGUCUUCUACCAGCCACUGCAGACACGCCCGAUCUCCCUGAUCAUAGUCGCCGCCCGCGACUCACCGCUCUGCUUCGACGACGUGCGCCCCACCAACGUCGAGAUGGCCGCGCGGCGCCUCCGCAUGGCCGCCUACCUCUGGCAGGCGUACACCGGGGAGCAGAUGAUGCGCGCGGGCUUCGGCCCACGCACAUUCCAGUUCGAGACGGAGUGGGGCGUGGACACCGUCUCCGCGGCUGGCGUGCACGCGCAGAUCCCAAAGGUCACGCUCGUGCGGAGCCGCCACAGCGUCGCGGAAAUCCGCGACGAGAACCGCGCGCAGCAGGGCAGUGGAAGCGGCAAACAGGACCUGUACGGGAUGAUGCGGGAGGCAGUAGCCGCCGCGCCCGAGUUCGCGGGCCGCACCGGCCUGCAGGCCGCCGUGUUGAUUCUGGACGCGACGCACCGCAACGGCCUGAUUGUGGGGCACGCGGCGCUCGGCGGCGACGGCGACCCCUUCCCCCUCGCGAUCUUCGGGAGCCACACGUGCUUUGCGUGGCCCGAGACGCUGGACCAGGUCGUGCCAACCUUCACGUGCCGCGAUGCGGUGGACACGCGCUCCUGCGGCAUCGACGCCGAGGGCAAGGACUACGGCAUGGCGGCGCAGGUCGGCAUCGGCGCGAUGAUGCACGAGGUCGGGCACAUGCUCUCGUGUCCGCACCAGACACAUGGCGUGAUGCUGCGCGACUAUGUGCGCCUCGCGGAGAGCUUUAUCGCUCUCCAACCUGACGACAGGAACGAGUGUAUGUGGCACCGGCUCGACGCGCUGCGCUUCCUCGCCCACCCCUCGUUCGCGCUUCCCUCGGACAAGUCACUUCCCGCGACCAAAGGCGCGAUCCUCGUCACAGCCGCAGCGGACGGCGUGCAAGUCUCGACGCCGGACAGCGCGGUGCUCGCCAUCGAAUAUCGUCGGCCGGGGAAGGAGACGGCGGACCCGUUCGUCGACCUGUCGGGGCAGGGCGUGGCGUCCUUCGGCAUCCCCCGCGCGUCGCUCGACGGCUUCGACCGGGUCACGGUGCUCGCGAGCGACGGGGGCAAGCUCGAGUUCCCGCUCGCCGACAUCUGGCCUGCGCGCGGCGCGCUCCGCUCCCCGCCCUUCGGCGCGCGCACGGGCACGCGGCACGCCGUCGGCGUGCCCCCCGCCCUCCGGCAUAUCCGGGUAUACUGCGGCGCGGCGCUGGACGGGCUCGAGCUCGACGGCGCGCUGUUCGGCACGCGCGGCGGGUCGCCGCACGACUGGGCGCUGCGCCCCGGCGAGUACGUCACUCGUAUUCACGUGCAGCACGGCGCGUGGAUCGACGGCAUCCAGUUCGUCACGGACCAGCGGGCGUCGCCGUGGUUCGGCGCGCGCGGCGGCGGGCCGGGCGAGGCGCGCGUGCCGCACGGGUAUAGGUGGAGCGGGGUGUUUGGGCACGUCGGCGCAUGGUGCCAUGGUAUCGGGUUCGAGUUUGAGCCGCUCGGCGCGCAGAAUGCGCCCGUGUUGCAGGGCGCUGCGCAGGGGGACGUGAACGGGCAUGGCGCGCAGGGGCUGCAUGGGCUGCAGCAGCAGUGGCAUGCGAGCGCGCCGCUCCGGCAGGGGAUUGAGGCCAAGGUCAAGAGCAAGCUCAAGAGCUUAUUCGGGUAGGCCGGCGUGAGGGUGUGUCCGACUGGACUGCGUCGCGCGUCGAGUCGCGGACGCGGGUUGUACGGGUGCUGGUGCUAGAUUGGUUAGAGCGCGACGAUGUGUACUUGGGCUCAAGAGCCCAGCAGAGAUGUCUCCUUCAAACAGCAGGAUGGGUUGGUGGUGGUGGGAGAUCCCGGAGACGGUCGUCCAAAGAGGCACGUUUACCCGCACGACUACAGUCCAACGACAGCAAUGACUGACCAUGACUGGCUCGUACUGUCUUCGCUUUUCACCAACAGUCCUUGUGCGCAAGGAAGCCUUGUAAAAUCGCCAAGUCAAUCCAAGACGUGUAUGCAUUACAUCCAACAGCC